CUACCGCCUGCAUGUAUUCAGCGGUUCGGCCGUUUCUUGCGUCGAGUGACGAUGCACUGAACGAGUGGCUAGUUUUUAGUUGCCAUCGCCGUCUUGGAAAAAAGUCAGUGUGUAGACAGUUUCCGCCAUUAACAGACCUUUCCCGAUUGGCCACCAGACAUCGUUCAACAAGUUUUCAUUGCAAAAGCUCAGUGUGUUUUUCCAUUGUUUUGUUUGUUGUGUCGUGAGUGCUGAGACGGCCAUUAGCACGCGUUGAAUUCGACCCGUUGAAGCUGCUUUCGUAUCGUAGGCAAGGAGAGAACAAAACAAAAUGUACACCUGUUGUUGACAGCCACCUUGAAACGACCUGAUUGGCUGAAACGACACUGUGAAUUUUAAUUGAGAAGGCAGAAGAACAAACAAUCAUUUAAGAAGCCGAAAUGGAGGCGGAUGAAGUUGCUUAUAUUUCGCACAGUGGCCUGGUGGCGCGAAGUCCGCAAGGGCACGCUGCUACUAGUAUGCCCAUCAAAGGCAAUGAAGAGAUUUGGGUGGAGAUUCAGACACAUACGUUCCGUAACUGGGUAAACGACAUGCUCAAGGAGACGGGUUUCCAGGUGCGCGAUCUUAGCACCGACCUGUGCGACGGUGUGCGGCUCGUGGCCCUCAUCGAGGUGCUGCAAAAGCGCAAAUUGCGAAACGUCCUGCGACCCGUCAAUCAGCACCAGAUGUUGGAAAAUGCCACCACCGCUCUCAAUGCCAUUACAGCUGACGGCAUUAAACUUGUCAACAUUGGUAACGUGGACAUUGUCAAUGGAAACCUGAAACUCAUUUUGGGCCUCAUCUGGUCACUGAUUGUGCAUUAUCAAAUCGGGCGUUCCAAAUUCCCACCUAAAAAGUUGAUGUUGUCAUGGCUCAAGGCCGUUUUGCCAGAGACGGGUGUUCACAAUUUUACGACCGACUGGAACAGCGGAAUACGAUUGGCCGCUCUGUUGGAUUAUUGCAAACCUGGCCUGUUCCCUGACUGGCGUGAACUCGAUCCUAGAAACAGCGUGGAGAAUUGCCGGAGAGCGAUGGAAUUGGCCCAGAAAGUCUUCGACAUUCCGAUGGUUUUAGAGCCAGAAUAUUUGGCUUCACCAUAUUUGGAUGAUCUGUCUGGAAUGACUUACCUGUCCUACUUCAUGAAGGAGAAUAGUCCUGGCUUUUUUGCCACGCUGCGCUGGGUCAACAGUCAAAUACCUCAAAUGAAAAUCAAGAAUUUCACGUCAAACUGGAACGAUGGUAUCGCAGUGUGUUCGUUGGUUCGUUCCCUCGGAGGCGCUGUCCCUGGGUUUGACAAGCUCUCGCGCGAUCCUGAAAACUGGGAGACCAAUCUCGAACUGGGACUUCACGGAGGUGAGCGGCUGAACGUAGAGCCGGUGUUAAAAGCUGUCGAUAUGGCAGAUCCUAAUGUUGAACACUUGGGUGUGAUGGCCUACGCUGCUUACUUUCAAUGGGUAAAGGCCCGUCCAAAGCCAUGUGACCGAUUGAAAAUCACGCCCGAUGCUAAAACUGUUCGCGUGCAUAACCCGGCCGGUUUCAAAAUCGAAUACCUGGUGCCAGAUAUUGACAUCAAAGAAAUAACAGCAGAGGUGCGGGGACCCAGCGGCCAAGUCGAGUGUCUCCUCAACUUGUCUCCCACGGGCGGUACUGGCUCGUUCAUUCCCACAGAAGUCGGCAUGCAUGAGGUGACUGUGUACUGUGAGGGGGAAGUUGUGACCGGCUGCCCAGUCCGCAUCCGGGCCCUGCCCGAUUUAUCGCAAAUCAUGUUCUCCGGAAUAGAUCCUUGCGCGAUCGGCUCCAUCGUCGAAGUGUUGAUCAAUUCAAACGGGGCCGGUGGAGGGGCGCUUGAAGUGGAGGCCAAAUCGCCGACCGAUCGAAUACUCGAUUGCCCCGUCACCAACGAUAGUGGAGUGUACACAGCAACGUUCCAGCCGGACGAGGCCGGCGAAUGGAAAAUUUCCGUCACUUAUGAAGGAGAGCACAUUCAAGGCAGUCCAUUCACCUGUUUCGUUUUCGAUCCGCACGCAGUCAAAUUGCUGGACAUCACGGGAGCAGUACCUGGAGAAAAAUUCACGUUUACGUGCGACGCGUCGGAAGCCGGAUGGGGUGAGGCCAAGUUCGACCUCGUUCAUCGUGGCCGUUCGUUGCCGCACACUGUGCGCGAAGUGGAGAAAGGCAUCUACAUGAUCACGUUCACGCCGCAAGAGCGCGGCAAGCAUCGCGUCUACGUCUACUACAACGGCAUCGAAGUCAAAGGCUCGCCUUUCAGUUUGCGUGUAAGCAGCGGCAACAGUAGCAGUGCCGAUAAGCAUAAUCACGCAAGAGAUUCGAAAUAUGGAGCGACCGGUAACGUCACUAGCACGUCCAGUUUCAAGGCCAGAGAUACAACGACCGACAUUUCAGCAGAAAAAAUAUUGAGGCAAAUCAGUGCUAACCACCAGCGCAGCAAAGCUAACUCGAUUUUCAAUCAACAUCAAAACCGGCACGGCCAAGGUCUUUCGCUCGGCGCAGAUGUCAACAACCGAUCGUUGAAUAACUCGUCGUUAUUAGUGGACAAGGGCUACAGCACGCUGGCCACCGACCGUCGCCAUCUAACGGAAUUAAACCAAGAGAAAAGCUAUUCGAGCCUCGGUCGUGACAAACGGCUGAACUCGGUCGAGCGUGAAAACAAAUUACUGUCGCCGGAGAAGGUCUUGUCGCUGAGACGGAACUCGGACGCUGUCACGGCCCAGCCGCUGAGCUCCCUCUUCCAGCCGAACAAUGCGGAAGAGGUGAACGGUGUUGGAAGGACGACGUCGAAGACGUCGCGUGAUUUCACGACCACCGAAUCGAGUCGUUAUGUCAACGAGACGUACGAACUGAAAUCCAAUCACUUGUCGAAUAUCAAUAAACACGAAUAUUCUUCGAAUGAGCUCAACUCUCCCAUCAGCCACGUGUUGGCCAAUAAAAGCGAAAGACUGGAAACGAGCCGAGUGGACAAGGCAUCGAAUGUCAAAGUAUCUUCAUUGGCGCUGGGUGCCACGCCCUAUCGUCGAGACUCGUGGGAUGCGGUGACGAAAACCGGAAUUGGCCUCAGUCCCGAUGACAAAUUAAACAGCUCGUCAGACCGAUUCAUUGACAGAUCGAAUGCGACGGUGGCGCGUAACCUGUUUGAUUCGGUCCACGAUGAAUCUGACGCCGUCCAUUCACGUUUAACUGCCAAACGCCAGAUCGACUUAACCAACGUGACGGUGACGGGCGACGGUUUGAAUUUGGCCUCAGUUGGACGCACCACUACUUUCGCCAUCCAGUCACGCGACAUCGACGCCAAGGAUGUCAACGUUAAAGUCUCAGGUCCCAACCAGCGUGUCAUCCCCGUUCAGAUUCAGAAAGCCGUUGGAGGUGUGAACGUGUCGUUCAGCGCCACCACAGUCGGUGAACACGUCAUUGAUAUUCAAGUGAAGAAUCAACGUCUUUCCGGGGCUCCCUUCAGAUGUUUCGCCUACAAUGCCCAGGAAAUCCGAGUCGGCCGUGUCCCUAGUGGUGAAGUCGGCAAACCAGUCGAAUUCGAAAUCGAUGGUUCGACAGCCGGAUCGGGUAAUCUAGAGAUACUCGUGAACGGAGGACACGUGACUAGUUACGUUCGUGAACUUGGAGACCAGUGUUUCUUAGCUUCGUUUGUGCCUCAUCAAGCCACCGUUCACACCAUUGAGAUGAAAUUCAACGGCGAAACUGUGCGGGGCAGUCCAUGGGAAGUAGAGGUGUCUGAGGGAUCUAGCACAAUGCUGUCGAAGGCAACCACCAAACCAGCCGUCAUCGGAGGUGAAGGCGUGCGUCAUUUCGCAGCGGGCAAGAUCGCCUCGUUCGAUUUGGAUUUGCACGGCAAGAGCAGAGAUGCGGCCAGCAUUUCCAUCACCAGUCCGUCCAAAAGACAAUUAUCAUCGCGUCUCGUCGAUGGGCCUACCAAUCAAGUGCAUCGCGUCGAAUUCAAUCCGUCUGAGGUGGGCAGUUAUCUGAUCGAUAUCAGCGUCGACGGUCUCAAGAUCCAAGGCAGUCCGUUCGUGGCCAAAGCCUACGACAGUUCGCUCAUUCGAGUCACUGAUGUUGCAAAUGGCGCUGUUGGCCAGCCGUGCCAAUUUCGAGUGGAUGCAAGCCAAGCUGGCGAGGGACAGUUGGAAAUAUCCAUCAAUGAUGGAGAGGUGCCUAAUCAUGUCCAGGUGCUGGGCGGUGGCAAGUGUUUAGUUAGUUUCACACCCGAAAUUGCCAAAGUUCACACCAUCGAAAUUAAAUUCAAUGGAGAAAUUGUUCCAGGAUGUCCAUUUGUAUGCAAGAUAGCCGAUACCAGCAGAGUAUCGGUGUCCCUACGCAACAUGGAAUUGGUGGCCGCUGGAGAAGUGGCUCAAUUUGAAAUCACAGUCGAUGGAACUGCCAAUUCGGAGCUAGCCGUGGCCGUCAAAGGCCCUACCACGAAUUUACCGGUGAAGAUAUCCGGUGGUGCGCGCAAUACUUUCACGGCCGAGUUCAGCCCGCGUGAGGUUGGCUCGCAUACCAUCAGCGUCGAUUACAACGGACUACCUGUCACCGGUACGCCGUUCGUCUGCAAAGUUUACGACUCAAAGAAGGUGUACGUCAGUCCCAUGCCAACCGGCGUACUCCGGAAGAAUUUACAGUUCACCGUGGACGCCAGCCAAGCUGGUGAAGGUAAUUUGGAGAUUACCAUUAGCGCGCGUGGCCGCAAUAUUCCGACCAAAGUCCAUCCGCAAGGCAGUGCUCGCUUUGCUGUCAGUUUCGUCCCACUAGAGGCUAUCGAUCACGUCAUCACCAUCACAUUCAAUAAAGAAGCCGUGCCAGGAUCACCUUUUAAUGCACCUGUUUUCACCGAACCUGAUCGUAUUGUCGUCAGCGGCCAAUCAUUAGCUUCUUCGGCUGUCGGCAAAACUUCAUAUUUUAAACUGAGCAACGUCACUGGAAGCGUGGAGGAUAUUGAAGUUAACGUUGAGGGGCCAUCUUUGGGACAUACGGUGGCCGCUCAAGUGAAAGACAAUGGAGACCAAACAUUCCAAGCCGAAUUUACGCCCAAAAUGGCCGGUGAACAUCGCAUUCAUGUCCUUUACGAAGGACAGCCAGUGUCCGGUUCACCUUUCAGCUGCAAAGUGUAUGACGUGACGGCCAUUAAGGUCAAAGAAGCCGCUAAAGGCGUGGUCGGAAAACCCGUUACAUUUUUGGUUGAAACCAGCCAAGCUGGACCCGGCAAUUUGGAAGUCACAGUCAAUGGUGGCCAGGUCCCGACAUCGGCUCAAGCACACGGUCUACAUACUUACGCCAUUUCUUUUACACCCAAAGAUCCAAAGCCACAUGAAGUAGAGCUUAAAUUCAACGGAGAAAAUGUUCCAGGGAGUCCUUUUAUUUGUCAAGUGAUCGACUCGCGCCAGGUUCGUGUUACUGGCGAUGGAUUAGAGAAAACAUCUGUCAAUCGUCCAGCAUCUUUUCUUAUCGACGUUCAAGGCCAGCCAAGCACAUUAGACGUUAACGUUCUCUCGCCAUCACGCCGCGAAGUUCCCUCUGUAAUUGAAACUGUGACGGAAUCUCGUUAUUCUGUAACCUACACGCCAACGGAAGUCGGUGAUCACAAUAUUGAAAUUAAAUACGCCGAUCUUCCUAUUCACGGAAGUCCGUUUGUGGUCAAAGCUUACGAUUCGGCAAGAGUCCGCGUCACUGACGUCAACAAUGGGGUGGUCGGCAAAUUCGUUUUCUUCAGCAUCGACGCCAGCCAAGCCGGAGCGGGGAAUUUAGAAAUUAUCGUUUCGGUUAAUGGCCGACAUGUUCCCAAUUACGUCCAAUCCGAAGGCAACGCCAAAUUCAAAGUCAGCUUCAAACCGCAAGAGCCCCUACCUCAUACGUUAAGUGUUCGUUUUAACGGAGAAGCUGUUCCAGGGUCACCGUACACGUGCCGAGUGACAGAUGCCAAUCAAAUUCUGGUAUCGGGAGCUGGCGUUAAAAUGUCGCCUCUCAACAAGCCGGCGUCUCUGUUGAUUGACUCGCGUGGAGCUGAAAUGUCCGAUUGUAAAGUCAGUGUCAUCUCGACUAGUGGACAAGACCUUCCUGUCAACCUAGAAGUCAUAGAAGGUGGUAAAUUUAAAGCGGAUUUUCUUCCAUUCGAAGUUGGCCCACAUACUGUAUCAGUGGUGAUAAAUGGGGAUGAACCGGUUGGGCGAAGUCCUUUCAUCUGUAACAUCUAUGACGUAUCAAAAGUAUUAGUCACUGGAUUGGGCUGUGCUAAAGUUGGCCAGUCCAUAACAUUCACUGUAGAUGCAUCCCAGGCUGGUGAAGGCACAUUAGAACUUGUGGUGACAACAACAAAAUCUUCAGUCAAAGCUGACGUGCGAGCACGAAGUCGUGGUCUUUACGAUGUCACUUUCGUUCCUCAAGAAGCCGUGCCUCAUUUUGUCAACAUCACGUUCAACGAUGAAGAUGUUCCAGGGAGCCCAUUCAAGUGCGAAAUCACCGAUGACGGUGAAGCUGUUGGAAUGGCCAGUCGAGAACUACUCGAAACGAAACAGGCAACUGCCAACGGAGACGGUCUAAAAGAAGUUGCUCUAGGAGCACCAGCUUUCUUCGAAGUCGACACUCACGGUAUUGAUGGUUUGGUUGACGUCAGAAUCAUUGGUCCUGGAGGAAGCAUCAUCGGCAAUCAGAUUACCAGGACGAAACACGGGAUCUAUCGUGCCGAAUACGAACCUGAAAUAGUGGGCACAUAUCGAGUCGAGAUCUCGCAUCAGAACAAACCCAUUACUGAUCAUCCGUUCUACGUUGAGGUCACCGAUCCAGCCUCUGUUCGCAUUUCUGAGGUCCACGAGGCCUACGCCGGAAAAGAAAGUUACUUUAUCCUUGAUACUUCGGAAGCCGGUCGUGGAACCCUGCACGUAGCUCUUCGAGCGGCCAACCAAAGUGUCAAGCAUAACGUCCAAAACUUAGGCAACGGACUGCUGAAAGUAGUUUAUUUUCCUAAACUACCGAUCGCACAUCGGGUCGAUCUGAGAUACAGCGCCGUCCAUGCUUCAGGUUGUCCUUUUGAGCUAAAAGUGAAAAAUCCAUUUUUGGGCAAAGAAAUUCUGGCCCACGGCAUGGGUUUGUACCAAUGUCGAACCGGUCAUAUCAACUCGUUUAUCAUUGACACGCGUGGAAGUAGUACCAAACUUUUCGACGUGGUCGUAGCUGGCCCACAAGAUAUGGCUGUUCCAGUUCGCUGCUAUCAGCAAAAGGAUGGUAACCUGCUGGCCCAAUUUACGCCACCUCUUUCGGGUGGCUACAGAAUAGACGUCCUCUACGAUGGUAAACCGCUGCGUGGAUCCCCUUUCACCGCCCAGGCAUAUGACGCCCAGAAAGUGACUGUCGACAACGUUCGCAGUGCUAAUGUCUCUGUCCAUGAACCCAUAUCUUUUCAAAUCCGUAAACGAGAAGCCGGCCUCACUUCCAUUGACGUUACAGUGGUUACACCCACGUCGAAAGAGUUGCCGCUUGAAGUUAAAUCGCUUCCCAACGGAGAGGGUGAUUUAGUGGAAUAUCACCCGACACUUCCUGGAAAAUAUUGUUUUAACGUCAUUUGUGGAGGCGAAGCUAUCCCAGGCUCACCUUUCAUUUUCGUUGCCGAAGAAGAAGGAUUGGCCAAAGCUCAUGGUGAAGGAUUGCUUCACGGUAUCGAAGGAGUGGUCUCACAAUUCAGUAUUGACGCCCGGGGACUUGUCGGUGAACCAACUGUCCAGAUUGAUGGACCGGAUAGCAUCUGCAAAUGUCAAAUUGUACGAGAAAACACUGGAACGUUCCGAGUGAAUUUCACACCGCAAGAAGUUGGCAUUUUCGACGUUCGCGUUUUGUGGAACGGCCGAGAUAUUCACGGCUCACCUUUUCAUCCGAAAAUCAUCAAUCCACGAAAAGUUCGCGUUAUCGGUGGAUGGGAGGCACUUGUUGAUAACAAAGACAAAUUGAUUCUCGCCGUAGGUGAAGAAAAGAAAAUUAGUUUUGACACUUUGGAUGCUGGGCCAGGUGUACUGAUGGCCGAAAUCAAGGGUCCAUCGGGUCAGGUGAAAACAAAUAUCGAGACACCAAUGCCACAUCGUACUAGGGUGUGUUUCACUCCACUGGAAGUAGGUGAAUAUUCCACCAAGUUCACCUGGAACCGCGUGCCUUUACCCAACUCACCCCUUGUGGGCGUGACCAGUAUCGCUCUCCCUCCUGAAGAAAGAAGUCACGUAUCCUCAAACAAAUCCCGAGCCAGUAGCAUCAGUAGCUCGGGUAGCGGAGGUGACCAUAAAGUCAUCCUAACGGGAAAUGGCCUAGCCAAAGCCAUGGUCGAUGCCGAAGCUGAAUUUACCAUUGACGGAUCACGGGCUGGCCCAGGAAUUCCGGAGGUGACGAUGACUGGCAUCAAAUCGGAUUUGAACGUAACGCUAACUUUAAUCGGUGAUAACAUGUAUAGAGCCAGUUACAAACCGGAUGCUGUUGGUGUUUACCUGUUGAACGUCAUGUGGGCGGAAAGACAAGUGAAAGGGUGUCCUCUAAAGGUCACAGUCACUUCGACCGUGGAUGCCUCCAAAGUCGUUUGCUCCGGUGAAGGACUGAAAUGGGGAAUCUUAGGCCGAGAAAUCAAGAGUUUUAUUGACACCCGUAACACUGGACCUGGUGAACUGGCUGCUCAAUGUGUUGGCCCACAUAAAGUGGCUUUCUGCGAAUUGUUUGACCACCGUGACGGAACGUAUAGCCUUCACAUCAAACCACAAGAACAUGGACGUCACGUCCUUAAUAUAAAAUAUGGAGGGGAACCUGUUAGCGGCAGUCCCUUCAGUUUGCGUGUAAUGGGGGCACCCGAUGCAACAAAAGUGAGAGUACAUGGCCCAGGCAUUGAGCACGGUGUCUUGGCCACUUUUCAAAGCCGGUUCUUAUGUGACACUCGCGGAGCCGGUGCCGGUCAGUUGACAGUCCGUGUACGUGGACCCAAAGGGGCGUUCCGAGUUGAAAUGCAAAGAGAAAAUCAGAAGGAUCGCUCAAUAGUCUGCAAAUAUGAUCCGACAGAGCCUGGAGAUUACCGAAUAGAAGUUCGGUGGUCCGGAGAGCACGUCCCUGGAUCUCCAUUCAACGUCAUGAUUUUCGAUACGCAAGAGGAACUCGGCCGAUUCGUUCAGGGUGGCUAUUCUCCUCAGCAAGGGAACAACGUUGGAAGUGAAUUUUACGGAGGAAGUAUGGGAUACUCCACCGGAUUUGGACAGAUGAAUCUAAGCGCAGUUUCUUGGCGAGGGUCUCAAGCGCAGCUGUAAAAUGUUCUGCUCUUUAUGAAUCAAAUUGUCGUGAUUUCUUAUAAUCGCAGCUUUUUUUGUGCGUUGCUUUUCCACAACCCCUCAAUCAAUAUGUUUCCAUAAAGUUAUCCUCUCACACCUUUCGAUGACAAAAAUUUAUCGGCCGGUUCUCAUCUUAUUGUGUUUCUUUUCGGCGUUUAGCUCCACUUGUUGUUCAUUUCCAAACGUUGGCAAAAUUAUAAAUAAGGUCGUCUGCCUUUUGGCAUGCAUGUUGAGAUAGACAUAUAGUAACCAAAGCAUGGUUAGUCGUCGCUAGCUACCCUCUAACAAUAAUGUCGCUCUUUAGUGAACAAAAUACAAAUACUGCAAUGAAAAUAAAAUCCACUAAAAUAACUCAA